CACUAAUCUGAAUCACUUGAGACAGUUCGGCUGCAGAGAAACAUCAGAACAUUGGUGCUGGGACUUCAUCCAGGUUUCAAUCUGAAGAAUGGCAGAUAACGACAUUAACAUCACCAUCCAGGAUUACAGCUUUGAAGACUUCAACUACUUUGAAUAUGAGUAUUACCAAAAAGACACAUUCAUAAAGCAUGUGGUAACAUGGAUCAUCAUUAGUAUCGGCCUUCCUCUGACACUCAUUGCCAUCGGUGCUCUUUGCUUUCUGGUACGAAAGGAUCAUGUGGCUCCAGUCUACGUCAUCAACCUUCUCAUUUCCGACCUCAUUCAGCUCUGCUGCCUGCUCAUUGAGGAGACAAACCUGUUUUAUCAUCAUUAUCUCGUAACUUUGAUCUACUUUGGUGGCCUAGUGAUCAGUGUUAUCUUCAUGGUGUGUCUCUCACUGGAAAGAUAUUUGGACAUCGCCCACCCACUGUGGUACCGCUUCAAACGAAUCAAGAUCUCUGUGGUGGUCAGUGUCGUGGUCUGGCUCUCACCUGUUGUCAUGUACCUCCCUGGGCCUGUGGGGUUUAUUUUUCUUUUGGAAAGAAACAUCUUAAUUGUCUCCAUCAUUCCCUUCCUACUGUUCAUAUUCUUCCUGUUUGGGACCCUCAGAGCCCUCUCUGCUUCCGUCUCCGUCCCCUUUGAAGAAAAACGUCGAAAUGUUGUAAUUCUGGUCUUGGUGCUGCUCAUUUACACUUAUUUGCUGUUACUGCCACUCAUGAUUGUGUUGCUCAACAACCACUAUUUCAGUACUCUGCGUAACUUAUCUUUCAUGUUUAAGCUGAGUCCUCUUGCAGACUUAAUUCUGUAUGUUUUCUUGAGGAAAGAGUCCAUUUGCAAGCUUUGUACCGCUGUGAACUGGUGCAGAGUUGUCGACGCUGACACCAACAUAUAGACAGUAUGAAUGUGGACAACAUUUUGACAGUGAGCUCCAUGGAGGAAGAGAGAAUGAGGAGACAACAGACCAAAAUGUUCUCUCAGUUUAGUUUAUUUCUUACAAAACUUUAUUUGUUUAGCUAUGUUGUUCUUCUUGACAGUUUUAAUACACUUUCUACUCUUCUUAACUUUCUAAUCUUCUGAUCAAUAAGAGCUUUACUUGUGCAGUUGUCAUGUCAGCUUUUAGGACGUGAGAGAAGGUCCUUUAUAUUGUAAAUGAAAUAUUAUAUCAGUCUCGCUCAUUACAUUUUAUUAAUACUAUAACAUUCAAUAAAAAAAAAUCUGUUUCAAAAC